GCCAUGUCGCUGGUGGGAAGUCAAGGCAUUCUCUUGGCCACCGAGAUCCUCAUCGCAGCUGCCGUCUUCUGCCUGGUCUUCCUGCUCAUCCAGUCCUUCAAGCAACACGUGCCCAAGGGGCUGAAGAGCCCCCCGGGACCCAGAGGCCUCCCCAUCCUCGGCAGCGUACUGCAGCUGAGGAAGGACCCGCACUUGGUGCUGGCCAAGCUGAGCCAGCAGUACGGAGACGUGAUGGAGAUCAGCAUCGGCACACGGCGCGUGCUGGUGCUGAGCGGGCUUGACACCAUCAAGCAAGCGCUGGUGAAGCAAGGAGAGGACUUCAUGGGGCGCCCUGACCUCCACAGCUUCCGCUAUGUCACCGAUGGCCAGAGCCUGGCCUUCAGCCAUGACUCAGGGGAGGUGUGGAAAGCCCGCAGAAAGCUGGCCCAGAACGCCCUGAAUACCUUUUCCACUACCUCCAGCCCAACCUCCUCCUCCAUCUGCCUCCUGGAGGAGCACGUCUCCAAGGAGGCCGACUACCUGGUCACCAAGUUCCUGCAGGUGAUGGAAGAGCAGAAAAGCUUUGACCCUUACCGGUACCUGGUGGUCUCUGUGGCUAAUGUCAUCUGCGCCAUAUGCUUUGGCCGACGGUACGACCACAAUGACCAAGAGCUGCUCAGCAUAGUGAAUCUAAGCGAACAGUUUGUGGAAGUGGCUGCUUCUGGCAACCCUGCUGACUUCAUCCCUGUGCUGCAGUAUCUUCCCAGCCGUGCCAUGGAUUUAUUUAAGGAUUUCAAUCAGCGAUUCAUUCAUUUCCUGCAGAAAAUUGUCAAAGACCACUACGAGACCUUUGACAAGAACAACAUCCGAGAUGUCACUGACUCCCUGAUUGACCAAUGCCUGGAGAAAAAAAUGGAAGUAAAUUUUGCCAAACAGAUCCCUAAGGAAAAAAUUGUCAACCUUGUGAAUGACCUCUUCGGAGCUGGCUUUGACACUGUCACAACUGCCCUUUCCUGGAGUCUCAUGUAUCUUGUGACGCACCCUGACAUCCAGAAGAGGAUCCAGGAAGAGCUAGAUCAGACCAUUGGCCAGGAGAGGAGACCGAGGCUCUCUGACCGAGGCACACUGCCCUACACAGAAGCCUUCAUCCUGGAGAUGUUCCGGCACUCUUCCUUCCUGCCCUUCACCAUCCCGCACAGCACAACCAAGGACACCGUGCUGAACGGCUACUACAUACCGAAGGAUCGCUGUGUGUUUGUCAAUCAGUGGCAAGUGAAUCACGAUGAGAAACUUUGGAAGGAUCCAAUGGCUUUCAACCCAGAGCGCUUCCUCAAUGCUGAUGGGACUGAAGUGAACAAAUUGGAGGCAGAGAAAGUUGUGUCUUUUGGCCUGGGGAAAAGGAGGUGCCUUGGGGAGACCAUUGCCAAAUGGCAGGUCUUCCUUUUCUUGUCCACCCUGCUCCAGCGGCUGGAAUUCAGCGUUCGUGAUGGCAGGAAGGUGGACAUGACACCUCUCUAUGGUCUGUCAAUGAAGCACAAAAGAUGUGAGCACUUCCAGACCAAGCUGCGUUUCCCCCUGAAGAGCUCGAGCUGAGCUGUGGGCUUAUCCACUGCCCUGGCAAUUGCCAGGUGGGGCAAAA